AUGACAACCAUCGCAUCCCAAACCAUCUAUCGUUCAAAACAGCCAAAUACAAUCCAACACUACUUACUCCCUUGCGCCGAUUUCAGAAAUCCAGCAACCACGGGUUUCUUCCAGCGUGCCGAGGAGAAACUAUUCGGAUGGUAUGAAGUAAUUAAUGAAGGGCGUCCUUACUGUCUCCAAGAUGUCCAUCUAGUUAGAACCGCAUCGCAGGCAUCGAUUACGCUUUCGGGUUAUAAAGAACGCCGACGAUUGGCGAGAGAGGUUGAGAGGCGGGAGCAACAGGAGAGUGGGACUCACUUCAAGGAGACUUGCAACUUGUUUGAGCAUAUCUUUGAUAUGUGGAUUAUUUUGUGCAAAUGUCAAGGGAAUGCGGAUGAUUGGAGCUGGGAUGAGGUGGAAUGGGAUGAGGUGGAAUGGGAUGAGGUGGAAUGGGAGAAGGUGGAAUGGGAUAAGGAAAAACAGAGUGAGGGAAAAGAGAGUGAGGGGAAGCAGGAUAGUUGCGUCGAGGAUGUUGAGCAUGUCGAGCAUCCUGAAGACCCAUAG